AUGACUGGCCGUGUCAUAGCUAAUAACUAUCGAAUUGAAUCAAAACUAGGUGCCGGAUCAUUUGGACAAGUUUAUCUGUGUGAACAUGAGCGAACUCAUGAGCAAUGGGCAAUGAAAAUUGAAUCACAUGCUAUGAAUAAUAAUCCUCAAUUAUCAACUGAGCAUAAAAUCUAUACAAUACUUCAAGGUGCGAUUGGCUUUCCUAAGAUUGAUUAUUUUGGUAGCGAAGGCACAUAUGAUGUUCUUAUUAUUGAAUUAUUAGGUCCAUCAUUAGAAGAUUUAUUUAAUUAUUGCCAUAGAAAAUUUACAUUAAAAACAGCUGUGAUGCUUGUCGAUCAAAUGGUGUCACGAAUUGAAUAUGUUCAUAUGUGUCAUCUGAUUCAUCGAGAUAUUAAACCUGAUAAUUUUCUAAUGGGCGUGAAAUCGACGGGUAACAUCGUUUAUAUAAUUGAUUUUGGACUUGCAAAACGAUACAGAGAUCCAAAUUCACUGGUGCAUAUUCCUUGGAAAACCAAUAAAAGUCUUACAGGCACUGCUAGAUACGCAUCAAUCAAUGCUCAUAAAGGUGCUGAACAAUCACGUCGUGAUGAUUUAGAAGCUAUUAGUUAUGUUUUCAUGUAUUUUAUUAUGGGUACAUUGCCAUGGCAAGGUUUACAAGCAACAGCAAAAAAAGCGAAAUUUGAACGUAUUGCUGAAUUGAAAAUGAAAAUGACAUCGGAACAAAUAUGUAAAAAUCAUCCAAAGGAAUGCAUUUUAUUUCUUGAAUAUUGUCGUACGCUUGUAUUUGAUAAUCGACCUGAUUAUAAUUAUUUAAGACAUUUAUUUCGGCAUUUACUUUAUCAAAAAGGUGACCAAUACGAUUACGAAUACGAUUGGACUAUUGCACAUAGAAAUCAGCAAUUAUCUGCAGUGCCUACAAUAAAUCCUAUCGAUGGUGAAAGUUCAAUGAUAUCUGAGCAGCAGUAA